CACCCAAGCAUUGAAGCUCCUUCAGCAUCGCGAACAGCGUCCCUACCACCUAGGUUCAAAUACCAACUGAUCACAUUCCCUAACAUGCUCGACUACAACCGUCUCCAUGCUGUUUUCCCGUCCGAUGGAGCGGUGCCUUAUGACCAAAGAGGCAUUCAAGAAAUCGAGACGCUCCGAAAAACCUUGGAUGGAGUCCUGUUCAUAGACCGUGUAUUGAAAGCCCUGGGUAUUGGCGAAGCCAAGGCUUACCCUCCCAAGGGCGAAAACGGUCUCCGCAGCCUUCAUCAGCAAGUGUGCGACAGCAAGGCCUCGGCGCAUCAUAAACUCUCCGUCUUCUAUUACUUCUUGCUCGAUUAUGAUGGCGUCCGCGGCUCCAGGUCACAAGUUUCCGAGGACUUUGCUAUCAAAUCCGGCCUGCCCAAGAAGUACCAGAUCCUCAUGAGGGGUCUUUGGCAUAUGGACCGGAAAGAGUUCAAGUUUGCACUGGAGCACCUCGCACAUCCUUCACUCCCCCCUGAGUUUGCCGAUGAGAUUGUCAUAAUCCUCGUCCGCCAUGCGAAGGCCAAUGAUUACAGCCUCCCCUUGGCAUAUUACCACACCACCCAGCCGGUCUUCAAGAAGUCGGAGGCCCUGGACCUCCUGUUCGGUGCGUUAGCGAGAACAAGCGUUACGGAGGCUCUUUACUUCUCUCGUACACAUGCGGAAUCGACUCGCCGGCUUCUAUUCGAGAAGCUGAUCCUCUCCGUGGUCGAUGACCGGACAGCAGGCAGCGCAAGGAACAGGGAACUUGUCAGCCUACCACUGGACGGUGCUGAGGAAGCCUGGUUCAACGAAUACCUGACCAGCGGCGAAGGGAACAAGCUCAAACUGGCUGCGACGACAGUCGAGACAAGACGGAUCAUCACGGGCCGACACCGUGGCCAGAUCCGCGCCAGGGGGUUAGACGACAGCACCGCGACCGCAAGGCCAGCACGGUCGAGGCCCAGCCGUUAAGCUUCCAGUCUUGGAAUUUCUAAAGUGGUCGGAGUAAUUUUC